AUGCAAGCCAGCCCCAUCCGCAUCCCAACUAUUAGCAAUGACACCGACUGGGACUUCUGCUUCCAUCUGUCACAGGAAACCAAGAUCCCAUCACACCAGCAAACAGAUGUGUUAUAUUCCUCUUGUGGUUCUGGAGAGAGUGAAGAAGAAACUAAAUCUGAGGAGGAAGGGGAGGAGGAGGACACAGACUGUAUGUUUCUUCCCAAAGACAAGUUACUUCAAUGCCAGAAGAAAAGUGCUCAGUUAAUUAAGGAAAAAAUGAAUACCCAAGCAAACAGGGAACUGAUUCGAUGUGUCAUCCUUUCUCGGAUUAUUUUUGGGGAAAAUCACUGGAAGUGUGCACAGGCUUUGGUCAGCCUAGCUUAUGGCUACCUGACACUAAGAGGCCUCCCAGUUCAGGCUAAGAAGCAUGCUGAGUCUGCCAAGAACACACUGUUGACCUGGAAGGCCAACAUGACCUCACACAAGGAGAAAAGAGAAAUUCUGGAAGCUCUGGUCAUGCUCUAUUACACUCUGGGGGUGGCCUGGCUCCUGCAGAACCAUGGCAGAGAGGCCUAUUUCAACCUACAGAAGGCAGCGAGAAACCUGAAGGAACUGAAAGAGUUCCGUAAGGCAGGCAUUUGUGGAUUGCAAGUCUCAGAGAAAGACCUAACAGUUGCUUUGGGCAGAGCCUCCUUGGCCAUCCACAGGCUGAAUCUAGCUCUGGCAUACUUUGAAAAGGCGAUUGGCGAUGUUGUUGCUGCCAAAGGUGAUAGGACACCAGAUCUGAUUAGUCUAUAUGAGGAAAUUGCUCAGAUUGAACAGCUGAGGAGGAACCAUGACCAGGCCAUCCAGUACUUGCAUCAGGCUUAUUCUAUCUGUGUUUCUUUGUUCACUGAAGUUAGCCCUAAAACCGCGGAGAUAAGCGCAUUACUAGCUAAAGCUUAUGCCAUGUCUGGAGAAGCCCAGCACAAAGAUGCUGUUGAGAUGUAUUUUAUAAAAAGUAUCAGUGCAUAUCAAGCAACAUUGGGCUCAGAAGAUUUUGAAACACUGAGUACCAUUGAAGAAUUUUGCAAGUGGCUUGUCCAAAAUGGGGAAAAACAGGAAGCUUACAGACUGCUAAAGACUUCAUUGAAGUCCCAGAUCAUCAGCUAUGGUGACUAUAGUGAAAAAGUGGCUGAAACUUUUUAUAACAUGGGCAGGAUCUGCUUUGCCAAAGGAGAUCUCAGAAAGGCAAUCCAGCUGCUAAAGAAGUGUUUAAUGAUUCAAGUGCUUGUAUAUGGGAGUGAACGCAAUAAAAGCAGAGAGACAAAAAAUCUUCUUAUCCUGUUGCAGAGGAUCACCAGGCCAGACAGGUGA